AUGACUGAUGCAGCCAAUCAGGAACAAGAAGAGUUUGAAAAAACGAUCGUCCAGUACGAGGAAGAGAUCGACCGUCAGCGCAGACUGCUGGAUAUCACCUGGAAACCCCAAAUCAAGCUGCACAGGACAGACGUCCCACAGCAGCAAGUCUGUGAGGAGGAGGAGGAGGAGGUUCUCCCUGAGCAGCAGCUCUGGAACCAGGAGAGGAGCUCCAGUGUGGAGCAGGAGGAACCAGAAGCUCCACAGAUUAAAGAGGAACAGGAGGAACUGUGCAGCAGUCAGGAGGGAGAGCAGCUGGGACUGAAGGAGGAGACGGAUACCUUCAUGGUGACUGCUGCUGAGGAAGGAGAGCACAGUGAACCAGGAGGAGACGGGGAGCAGCUCCUCUGUCACAGCUCUGCUGGAGCUGAGAGCCAGGAUCAACGAGGAAACAAGGAUGGAGCGUCAGAACUCCCGCAUCACCAGAAUGUCAAGGAGGUUCUCCAAGAGCAGCAGUUCUGUAAUCCAGAGAGGAACCCCAGUCUGGGCCAGGAGGAACCACAAGGACAACUUUUGCUCGAGGACGGGACCAAUACCUUUAUGCUAACAGCUACUUGUGAGGAAAGUGACCACAGCGACUCAGAAACAGAUAGCGAGCAGCUCCUCUCUGACAACUCUCCUGAAACUGAAAGCAGAGAUCAAGAAACGAGCAAGCAAGAAGGGUCGGGGUUAACUGAAGAUGCAGGGUCAAAGCCAAACAAGGGACGUCAGGGAAAGGAAACUUACCAGCUCAGCUUGCCGAUUUCAGUGAGCCAGUGUAAUGAGACUUUCAGUAUUUCCCGGGGAAAGAAGCAUCACAUGAUCCAAAACAAUGUGAAACUCUACGUGUGCAAAAUAUGUCGUAAAAUUUUCGUGAGAAGGUAUCACUUGUCUAUGCACAUGAGAAUCCACACAGGUGAAAAACCAUAUUGUUGUGAAACAUGUGGGAAACGUUUCAGUAUAAAACGCAGUUUGGCUCGCCACAUCACCGCUCACACAGGAGAGAAACCAUAUUGUUGUGAAACAUGUGGGAAAAGUUUCAGUGCUAAAAAUAGUUUGUCUUACCACAUCACCACUCACUCAGGCGAGAAACCAUAUUCAUGUGAAAUAUGCAGGAAAUGUUUUGGUCAAAGCAGUGCUCUGUAUCUCCACAAGAAAACCCACACAGGCGAGAAGCCGUAUCAUUGUGACAUCUGUGGGAAAAGUUUUCGUCAAGCUGGUCACUUGUCUCGCCACAAGAAAACUCACACUGGUGAGAAACCAUAUUCUUGUGAAACAUGUGGGAAAAGUUUCGGUCAAAGCAGUGUUCUGUGUGCGCACAAAAAAAUCCACACCGGGGAGAAACCUUAUCAUUGUGAAAUAUGUGGGAAAAACUUUAGUCAAAAAAGUCACUUGUCUCGGCACACAAAAACUCACACAGCUGAGAAGUUGUAGUCCGUUUGAAAGACUGCGUUCUUCUGUCGGUCAGUAAAAAUAAUGUUUCAGUAACAGGUGGAGUAGAGAGAGCUCAGAAGUGCCUUUACUUUGUCACAUUAUAUGUGGUUUGUCAAAUAACAUCAAUUCAAUUCAAUUUUAUUUAUAUAGCGUCAAAU